CAUCAUCGUACGGCAGUCAGAAUAACCAUAGUCGCGAUCUGUUUCUUCACCCCCGCCUUGUCCCAUUGCGCUGCCACCAUAUUACUCGGCUAGCCCCAAGGCUCCACGCAGAGCCUCCAGCCGGCGGCGCCGGCCGCGGCUACUUUCUUAACUACUAGGACCGUCCUCUUCCAUCAGGUGCCAGCUGCCGUGAAGGAGAUGUCAUUGCUUUGAGGGGCUGCUGCCGUGAAGGAGUAUUGUCAUGGUGAAGAUUUUCUCUCAUAAAGAAAUAGGGAAAAAUUUGGGGAAAUCUUUGCUGCCAUUGUUGUGAAGAGCUAUGCCGUGAAGGGUUGCUGUCGUUGCGGCGAUGCAGAAGGUUUGUCGUGGUGACGAAGAGUAGUUGUAGCCCUGGAGAUGUCUUUGUGUUCAAAUGCACUGUCAACUGAAGUUGGAUGCUUCAGUCACCAACAUGCUCUCUCUGUCACUGCAAGCUUGUCCAAAGGAGAUGAAAGCCCUUUGAGACUUGAGGACAAUGAUGAUGAGGAUGUUGAUUUCAAUCCUUUUCUAAAAGAAACUGCUUCUCUUGAAGCUUCUUCAAGCUUGAGCUCUGAAAUUGAAGGUUUGGAUGCUGAUGUUGUUGACAGUGGAGGGAACAUUUCAGAGAUCAAUUCCAUAUCCAUGGUUUGUAAUUUGUCUUCAAAGAUAACUAGUGAGGUGGAAGACUGCCCCAUUGGAGGCUCUGAGCUUGGUGAAGAGGAGAUUCUGAUUCGAGGUGCAGUUUCUCCUUGUGGAGCAUCUGAAAAGGAUUUGGGUAAAAAUGUUCCUGGGAAACCUGAGGAAAGAACCUUUGUUUUAAUUUCUCAACUGCUGACUGACACUGUUUGUGAGAAGGAGAAUGGCUUAACAAAUGGAACUGAUGUUGUUAAUCACAGUGUGGUUGGAGAAUCGAAUAAUACAACAGACACCAGGAAGUUGAUCAUGGAUUUAGAUGAUAAUGAUGCUAUCUGCAUGCGCACUAGGGCCCGUUAUUCACUGGCUAGUUUUACGCUUGAUGAACUUGAGACUUUUCUUCAAGAAACUGAUGAUGAUGAUGAUGUUCAAAAUGUUGACGAUGAAGAAGAGUACAGAAAAUUUCUUGCAGCUGUUUUACAGGGUGGCGAUGGUGAUGGUCAGACAGUACAAGAAAGUGAAAAUGUGGAUGAAGAGGAUGAAGAUAACGAUGCAGAUUUUCAGAUAGAAAUUGAAGAGGCACUUGAGAGUGACCUUGAUGAAAACUCAAGGAGUGAGACCUGUAAAGAAGAGUAUCAGUUAACUAGUCGACGACCUGAAACCAGACAAAAUAGACGUCAGAAAUCUUCUGUCCAAAAUCAGAAAAAGGUUUUGGGACAGGCAAAGAGGCCAUUGCGUCCUCUGUUGCCCACCAUGCCAAAUGCACCAAUUGCACCUUUCCCUGCUCUUGAUGGGAACUAUUUGAUGCCUGAGACUGCUCCACAGUGCGUGUCUUCCACAGCACAUGAUGGUUUUUUAAAUGGAUUCACUGCACACCAAAUAGGCCAGUUGCAUUGUUUAAUACAUGAGCAUAUGCAACUUCUUAUUCAGGUAUAUUCUCUUUGUGUUCUUGAACCUUCUCGGCAGCAUGUUGCCUCUCAAAUUCAGGGAUUGAUUUCAGAGAUGCUUGAUAAACGCGAUCAAGUAUUGGCGUGGAGAACUAUGCCAUAUCCCAGUUCUUGUUUUAGACCUCCUUAUGUUCAUCCAUCAGUGUCAUAUGAACUUCCCAAGAUGUGCCCAGCACAGGUCACCUUUGAAUCAUCUCCAAUGUCUGAUGCUGACCAAGGCUGCUCCUCUGCAGAUGAUAGAACGCCACUUUCUGAUAACGUUUCCCCUUCCAAAGUAAGAUAUGAAUGUGUUUCGAAUGGGCAGAUGAGUACUUUUCAAACUACUGAGGGCAUUUUUUGGGUGCCUUACAUAAGCAGGUCCAUUCUGUCUGUUCUGGAUGUAGCUCCUCUUCAUUUGGUUGGAAGAUACAUGGAUGAUGUUUCUAGAGCUAAGCAAGAAAAUCUUAGGCGUCAUUUGGAAAGUACUUGUGAUUCUCGUUUUGAAAGAGAGCCAUUAUUCCCCCUUCCCAGUCUGCCAUCAUUUGUUGAAGCUCAUAGUCAAGUUGUAAGAGCACCCACUACCUCAACUACUAAAACAGGCCCAUCUUCAUCACCUUGUAAUCAACCACCCAAGAAGACAUUGGCUGCUGCACUUGUUGAAAGUACAAAGAAGCAAUCAGUUGCUUUAGUUCCAAAGGAAAUUGUGACAUUAGCUCAGAGAUUUCUUCCACUCUUUAAUCCAGCAUUUUAUCCGCACAAGCCUCCCCCUGUGCCUGUAGCAAAUCGGGUGCUUUUCACUGAGGCAGAGGAUGAGUUACUAGCACUAGGCUUGAUGGAAUACAAUACAGACUGGAAGGCAAUUCAGCAACGUUUCCUUCCUUGCAAAUCUAAGCAUCAGAUUUUUGUUAGGCAGAAAAAUCGUUGCUCAUCUAAGGCUCCAGAAAAUCCCAUAAAGGCAGUUCGGAGGAUGAAAACUUCUCCCUUGAGUGCAGAGGAGAUAGCAUUAAUUCAUAAGGGGAUUAAAGUUUUUAAGCUUGACUGGAUGUCUAUAUGGAAAUUCAUUGUACCUUAUCGAGAUCCAUCCUUGCUACCUCGUCAGUGGCGAAUUGCUCAUGGAACUCAGAAGUCAUACAAGAGUGAUUCAGCUAAAAAGGAGAAGAGACGGCUAUAUGAGUCGAAGAGGAGAAGAUGCAAGGCUGCUUUGUCUAGUUGGCAAACUGCUUCAGAAAAAGAGGACAAUCAGGUUGAGAAUGAUGGCGGGGAAAAUAACUGUGGAGGGGAUAACAUUGACAACGAAGAUGAAGCUUAUGUGCAUGAAGCAUUUUUGGCAGAUUGGAGGCCAAGUACCUCCUGUAUUGUUUCCUCUGAGUCUCCUUUCUCAAAUCUUCAAGAUAAAACUCAAUUGAGUGGUUUAUUGUCAAAAGAGGAUACUCAUCUUGGGGAACAAACAAAUAAUAAUUGUUCUGAAGAAUCUCAACCUCAAAAUGGUUAUGCGCAGAAGUUUUUAAAUGGUAUGAACUCCCAUCAUCUGCAUGCUGCAUCUCCUUUAACUCAUGUUACACAUUGUGCUUCCUACACGAUGGAGCAAAAUAGUUCAGUUUCUGAUUUAACUCCAAGAUCCUCCAAAUCUCAAUUUUGUUUGCGGCCUUAUAUCGAGUUGUGAACUAAUCGUGCAUCACCCUAGUGCAACUUAGCGCAGGCUUGCGCCGGUAGAUCUUCGCAACCAUCUGUCUCGAUCAUCUCUCACCUCUCUCACUCAGCUUUAAAAAACUCCCAGAGUGGAGCAACUACUAAGACUUCUGCUUCUGGUGGUAAUAGUGGUGGUGGAAUGGAAAGUGUAGUUCCUAAAUUUUCUCAUGCCACAGAGUCUGGAAACAGCCAUUCAAUAAAAGCUAGACAGACUGCAAUUAAUGUCCCAAAACAUGAUAUUGCAAAUCAUCUGCAAGGAUAUAAAUGUGCAAGAGAACAAAGAGGCUCGUACUCAGAUCUUCAGAUGCAUCCUCUACUGUUCCAGGCUCCUGAAAAUGGAUGUUUGCCAUAUUACCCAUUAAACUGCUGUACUGGUGUACCUGCUUCAUUCAAUUUCACCUCAGGAAAUCAGCCUUUAUUGAAUCUGAGCCUCUCUCAUAUUUCUCGCCGAGCAAAUCCUGCUGUUAAUUACUUAAAUAAAUCUUUGAAGUCGAAGAGGUCUGGUUCGGCAUUGGGCGGUAUUGACUUCCAUCCCUUGCUGCAAAGAACAAAUGAUAUAAAUGGUACCUCAGUAUCUGGAGUACCUUCUGCCCAGCUUUCUGUCAACUUGGAAUCAUUUAGAGGUGAAGCUGCUGAAAUGGGGAAUCCUUCAGACACUGUUCCAUCUAUGCUACAGACUAACAGUGACCAGCUGGCUGCAAGUGAUAAACUAUUUAACCCUCUUGAAAAGGAAAAUGAGCUGGAUUUGGAGAUUCAUUUAAGCUCUACGUCAUCUAGAAAAGAGACAGCCGUGGGAAAUGUAAGUGUGAUUGAUUACAAUCUAGAAAGAUCAAUAGUAAGUGUUCCCAAUUCUAGGACUACAAUGGAAACAGGAAACUGUAGUAGCCCAUGUGAUCAGAAUGGUGAAAAUUGUCCUGCAGCUUCAAUGCCAAACAGAACUGAUGCUGAGCAUGUUUCUGGUGCUUAUGGGACAUCUAUGCCAAGCAAUGACAUUAGUGAGUACUGCAUUGAUAAUAUAAAUGACCAGUCUCUUCCGGAAAUAGUGAUGGAACAGGAGGAAUUAAGUGAUUCUGAUGAUGAAGUUGGAGAAAAUGUAGAGUUUGAGUGUGAGGAGAUGGCUGACUCAGAAGGAGCGGAGGGAUCUGACUCUGAACAGAUGGCCAACAUACAAAAUAAGGUUUAUCUUCUGUUUCCUUUGCCAAACUCAAAAUCUUAAUUUCUUCUGAAUUGUGUGUGACAUGUUUAUUCUUUCAUAAAGCAAAUACGUGGAUGCUUCCUAUUCUA